CUGGGUCCGUGGAGUGGAGCGAGGGAGUGCGUGGCCGCAUGGGCUGGAGUCACUAGGAGCUGUGGACGCGGGGCCAGCUCUGGGUCCCCGGAUACGCCCUACUCCGGGGACCCUCCCCCACCGAGUCACACCGGAAUCCGGCCGCCCUCAGCCUUGCUCCAGGUUCUCAGCCUUGCUCCAGAUUCUCAGACUUAUUUGUGUUCCCCACUGGGACCUCAGGAUCCCGCGCUAGCAGCGACGUGGGUGUGGAGAGGAGUGGACUUUGUCCAGAAUAGCACUUCAGGGGACUGGGCGAGUGGACCAGUAGUGGUGAACUAGCUAUGGUGCUGGGACUCGUGUGUGUGUGUGUGUGUGUGUGUGUGUGUGUGUGUGUGUGUGUGUGUGUGUGUGUGUGUUGUGCCAGAAUCUUAGAGGAUGCUACAUGUACCUAGAAUUAAUUUGGGAGCUCUAGUUGGUCUUUGGAAAACCUGCUAGAGUCCCCAGGGCUCGUCUGGGGCUAUGAAUGCCACAGGUGGGUGCUGGGGAAAUCGUGACUUCUAGAAUGUGAGCCACCCCCACCCACCCCCUGUCCCCAUUCCUCCACUGCAGUCCUCAGUGGUGAGUGGAGCCCUUCCUCAGUGGUGGCUUUCCCAGGUGGUAAGGUGCACACUUGUAAAUCUUGGCGCCCUGGAGCCUCCAGGCUGCCCAACCGCACACUCAGUCAGCCUUCGGAGGCCUGACAUGCAGGACCUGCUUCUAUCUGGGCUGGUACUACCGUCAGGUUUCCUGGGGAGGGAGUUGAGAAAGAAACGAUUCUUCAGAGCCUAAAAUUUAGUCUCUAGGCUUCCCGUGAAGAGCUGGUUUGCCAGGCUAGCAGGAGUUUGUUGUCAGGAGUUGCUGCUGACGGAGAGACACCCAGGCUUGGGGACAGUGGGGUUCAGGGGCAGUGGCCAAGGGAGGGGCCUUCCUGAAUCCUUGGUCCAGGCUCAUGAUGGUUUGGUGAACUUAGCCACCUGGUUCAGCCUCCCCUCCACAAAAGGCAGACUUCCUCCUCCUGAGGCCCUGGGGAGGGGGGUUCUACAGGAUAUUGCCACCUUCUCCCAAGCCCAGCUCCCGAUCACUGCUCUGUGUCACCCAUGCCCAGCCCCACUCUAGGGAAUCCGUCCUCCGUGAGAGGUCUGCCCCAGCCUGGACAUGGCACCAGACACCUGCUGCUGCUCUCGUGGGGCCCUGCAGAGGAGGCUGCCCAUCCUGGCCUGGCUGCCUCAUUACUCUCUGCAGUGGCUGAGGAUGGACUUCAUCGCUGGACUCUCCGUGGGACUCACGGUCAUCCCCCAGGCAUUGGCCUAUGCGGAAGUGGCCGGACUCCCACCCCAGUAUGGCCUCUACUCCGCCUUUGUGGGAUGCUUCGUGUAUUUCUUCCUGGGCACCUCCCGGGACGUGACUCUGGGCCCUACGGCUAUCAUGUCCCUCCUGGUGUCCUUCUACACCUUCCGUGAGCCUGCCUACGCGGUGCUGCUUGCCUUCCUGUCUGGGUGCAUCCAGCUGGCCAUGGGGUUCCUGCAUUUGGGGUUCCUGCUGGACUUCAUCUCCUGCCCUGUCAUUAAAGGCUUCACUUCUGCUGCCACCAUCACCAUUGGCUUUGGACAGAUCAAGAACCUGCUGGGAUUGCGGAACAUCCCCCGGCAGUUCUUCCUCCAGGUGUAUCAGACCUUCCUCCACAUCGGAGAGACCAGGGUGGGCGACGCCGUCCUGGGGCUGGCCUGCGUGGUGCUGCUGAUUGUGCUGAAGCUGAUGCGGGAACACAUGCCUCCUCCCCACCCUCAGACGCCCCUUGGUGUCAAGUUCAGCCGUGGGCUGGUGUGGACUGUCACAACAGCUCGCAAUGCCUUGGUGGUCUCCUUUGCAGCCCUGAUUGCUUACUCCUUCGAAGUGACAGGACACCAUCCUUUUGUUCUGACUGGGAAGAUAGCCAAGGGGCUCCCUCCUGUGCGGGCCCCACCCUUCUCAGUGACCACAGACAAUAAGACUAUCUCAUUCUCUGAGAUGGUGCAGGACAUGGGGGCUGGACUGGCUGUGAUACCUCUGGUGGGCCUCCUGGAGAGCAUCGCCAUGGCCAAAUCCUUUGCCUCUCAGAAUAACUACCGCAUUGAUGCCAACCAGGAGCUGCUGGCCAUCGGCUUCUCCAAUAUGCUGGGCUCCCUGGUCUCGUCUUACCCAGUCACUGGCAGCUUUGGGCGGACAGCUGUGAAUGCCCAGUCUGGAGUGUGUACCCCGGCAGGGGGCCUGGUGACUGGUGUGCUGGUGCUGCUGUCCCUGGACUACUUGACCUCACUCUUCUACUACAUCCCCAAGUCUGCACUGGCCGCCGUCAUCAUCACGGCUGUGGCCCCGCUCUUUGAUGCCGAGAUCCUCAGGACGCUCUGGCGUGUUAAGAGGCUGGAUCUGCUGCCCCUCUGCGUGACAUUCCUGCUGUGCUUCUGGGAGGUUCAGUAUGGCAUCCUGGCCGGGACCCUGGUGUCUUUGCUCAUCCUCCUGCACUCUGUGGCUAGGCCCAAGACCCAGGUGUCAGAAGGACACGUUCUUGUCCUGCAGCCGGCCAGUGGCCUGCACUUCCCUGCCAUCGAUGCCCUGCGAGAGGCAAUAAUGACCCGGGCACUGGAAGCAUCCCUACCACGCUGCGCGGUCCUGGAGUGCACGCAUGUCAGCAGCAUAGACUACACCGUGGUUGUGGGGCUCAGUGAGCUCCUGGAGGAUUUCCAGAAGCGGGGCGUCUCCCUGGCCUUCGUUGGCCUGCAGGUGCCUGUGCUUCGCACACUGUUGGCCGCUGACCUGAAGGGGCUCCAGUACUUCACCACUCUGGAGGAGGCUGAGAAAUCCCUGCAGCAGGAACCAGGGACUCAACCCUACAACAUCCACGAAGACCCUGCAGAGCACAAGAUCUCCCUGCUGAAGUCUCUAGAAGGUUCUGUCACUGGGGUUUGUUGUUGACGUCACCGACAGACUCACCAGCCUGGUGGGACUGAAAACGCACCCCACAGGUGGCUCUGGGAAAGAGCAGGGGGUCAUGCGGUGAGACUUCCAUGCUGUCCCCUAGCUGUGAAAAUUUCUUCCAGAGAGAGAGGCCAGGUGAAACAGGAGGACCCAGGGCUUGUGGCCUAGGUUGGCUGGGGUGAGCUGGCACUUCCCAGGUCCUGAAUUCUUGUUUGGAACCAGGCCCUGCCCGAGAAGAGGCGGAAAAUCAAGCAUCUCAGAGAUGUGUCUGACCACAGCUCAGAGUUCAAGCUGAGCUGAGAGGGGGCCACAGUGUGCCAAGUACAAUGAAGGCUGUUUAAAAUGGUGUGUUUUUAAAUGAAAGUCAUCACUUUGGUGUUUUUGUUGGAAAAAAAAAAAAGGCAAAACAUUAAUGCUUGCUUAAAAAAAAAAAAAUCCAAGAACUCAUCUAUCCCAUUCACUGUCCUCCUCACCUGAGGUCCCCUGCCCAGGACAGGUAUCUGUCAGUGUGUACACAUGGUGGCCUCUUAUGUGAACCAAAUCACUACAUCAAGGUGCUUUGUAAACCAUCUUUAUGCAGUCAUUUACUGUGAGUUAUUUAUUAUGAUGAUGGAUGGCAUUAAAAUACAAGAUUUUUAUU